UCUUAGUUAUUGAAGCUGGUGGAAAGGAGAAUAACUUUAACAACAUUCCUCUAUUUGCGCUGUUACAACAAAGAACGCCAAUCGACUGGGGAUAUUUUUCAACACCUCAAACUCGAUCAGCUCAGGGUUUAAAAAAUCAUCAAAUUUCAACAUCUCGAGGUAAAGUAGUUGGUGGCUCUUCAUCUAUAAACUUCAUGUUAUAUGUAAGAGGCAAUCAAUUAGAUUAUGAUCGAUGGCAAGAGUUAGGUGCUGCAGGUUGGAAUAGCUCAGCUAUGAAUCCAUACUUCGUCAAAAUGGAAGAUUCAAGAGACUCGAAAAGGGAACCAGGCUACCAUGGUACUAAGGGUCCAAUGACAAUCUCAGAACUAAACGAUCCUUUCGAAGCAGACACAGCUAUUUUAGAAGGAGCCCGUGAAUAUGGGUUUAACAUUGGAGACUACAAUGGUGCAGAUCAAAUGCGAUUCCAAUAUGGUUCACAUUAUAUUCGAGAUGGAAGACGCUGUUCAACUGGUCGUGGUUACUUAGGACCUGCUUCUUCUCGUCGCAAUCUGGAUAUUCUGUUGCAUUCACGAGCUGAUAAAAUUAUAUUCAAUGGAAAGCGAGCGAUUGGAGUUGCAUUUACAAGCAAUAAGAAAGACUAUCAAGUCUUUGCUAGAAAUGCAGUCAUCAUUAGUACUGGUGCAAUAGCAACUCCUCAACUGUUGAUGUUAUCAGGAAUUGGACCGAAGGAUCAAUUGGAAAAAUUCAAUAUUCCAAUAGUUCAUGAGUCUCCUGGAGUUGGCAAUAAUUUACAAGAUCAUCUAUUCACCCUUCUUCUCUUCAGGACUAAUUAUGGGACAAGUUUUGCAGUCGAGCGAGUUGAUACUGUAAAAAGUUUAGUUGAAUAUGAAACGUCUCAUACUGGACCCUUUGCAUCCUCGGGAUUGAAUGUGAACGGAUUCUGGAGAAGCAAAUAUGCAGAUGAUUCAAGACCAGAUAUUCAAUUUCAAGCACAGAGUAUUAGUUUGGGAAACGCACUUUCAAGUUACUACUUAAGUUAUCUGUUCAAUAUAAAUAGGGAAACUUACGUUAAAUAUGUUUUGCCCAACACCAACAAAGAUGCGACCAUUAUACUAGUGACCUUAGUUAGGCCUCGAAAUACUGGUACAAUUAAAUUGGCUUCUUCUGAUAUCAAAGAUUCUCCUUUGAUUGACUUCAACUUUUUCACUGAUCCUCGUGAUCUGGAUGCUACAGUUGAAGGAUGCAAAUUGUUUCUCAACAUAUCAAAGACUGAGGCUAUGAAAUCAGUUGGAGCAGAGCGUUUCGAUUCCCCACUACCUGGUUGUGAACAAUAUCCACUCGACUCAGAUGAUUAUUUAAGAUGCCUUAUGCAAACGCUAACUUUCACUCUCUGGCAUUCGAUUGGCACAGCUAAAAUGGGUUCUCGUGGUGAUCCAAUGGCUGUUGUUAGUCCUGAUCUUCUUGUUCAUGGUGUGGAGAAUCUCAUGGUUAUCGAUACAUCUGUAAUGCCUGAGAUCACAACGGGAAACACGGCUACUCCUACCAUUGCAAUAGCUGAGAGAGCAGCAGAUAUGAUAAAAGGAAGAGUAUUGAGACCUCAAAGUCUUCCAUUUACUGAUGAAGAUGAUAUAAUUUCCGAUUAUGUUCCAUAUCGAAUUGAUCAUUCAAUUUAA